AUGGCUGAAGUUCAAAAUCUGUCUUCAGCAUUUAGCUCAGGCAAAGGAGACACUAACUCUACAGCCCAGUGCUCAAUCCAGAGUAACAAACACCGUAACUGUCAAGAACAGCCAAUGCAGAUUAAUAGAAGACUCCCACCUAUCACUGAAGAUGAUAAAAAGCCUUGUAACUGGCUUUUGAUUUGGAGUGUCACCUUGUUGGCACACACAGCUCACAGCUGCCCUGAAAAAUGCCUCUGCCACAAAGCCUCAAAGACUGCAGACUGCAAGAACAGAGGAUUUACUGAAAUUCCUGCCCAUUUACCUCCUGAAAUUCAGAUACUACAGUUGCAGAACAACCGUAUCUGGAGAAUCAACCAAAAUGCAUUCACUGCAACGCCGUUACUCAAAAUCUUGGACUUGUCAAAUAACUCUAUCUCAAGUGUGGCACUUGGUGCUUUCCAAAAACUGAGGUAUCUGCAGGUUUUAAACCUAACCAGAAAUUUGAUUCACUAUAUAGAAAACAAGACUUUCAGUUUCCUCCCACACCUAAAGGAACUGGACUUGUCAUCCAACAGCAUUAUUAGAUUGCCUGAGACAUUUGGAAACAGCACAGGGAAUAUAACAUUGCUCUCUGUGAAGCAUAACAAACUUCAGAAAAUGGAAAGAAUUCUGCUGGAGUCACUUCCAAACCUGAAAGUGGUUCUCCUCAAAGAUAAUCCCUGGCAAUGCAAUUGUAAUAUCUUUGGCAUGAAACUGUGGCUGGAGAGUUUUCUAUACAGAGGAGGAAUCAGUGAUGGCAUUAUGUGCUCAGCGCCAGGCGUUCGGAAGGGGAAGGACCUCCUGAAGGUUCCCUACGAGCUCUUUGGGGCCUGUGCUCUGAGGGCAGCCCCCGUGCCGCCGGCCAGCAGCCAUCAGUGGCCCGGCUCGGAGCAGCGGGCCUGGCCCAAGCACGGCCCUCACGGUGAGCCAGGCGAUGGCGGCCGCAGCGGCUGUGAGCCCAAGGCCCGGCCCAGGCCCGUCAGCCUGCGGCACGCCAUCGCCACCGUGGUGAUCACGGGCGUGGUGUGUGGCGUGGUGUGCCUGAUGAUGCUGGCAGCCGCUGUCUAUGGCUGUGCCUACGCCGCCAUCACGGCCAGGUACCACAAGGAGCACCUGGGCCCCGUCAGGCAGCACGGGACUCCUGAGGAGAAAGAGCCCUUUGAGAGCUCCAUGGCUUGAGGUGCCUCUGUCUUUGGAUUCUUGAAAAUAAAGGCCUCGCUGCAGUUGAAAAGCCU